GUAAAUCUUCAGUUUAGGCAGUGGAACAUGGCGGAAGCUGUGCAAUCAUGGAUCGAUUUUAAAAAUGCUCACCGAAGCGCUAGCGGUUAUUGGUCUCCCCCCACCAACAGUAGGCAGGGCAGUAGGCAGGCCAUCCUGCAUUUGGCUUUAUCUGUAUUUAUUCAUUCCUUUUUUUUUUUAGUUUUUGUGAUUGAAGAUUCGUUUAGAUAUUUUAGAAAUGGUUACGAGUUGUUCUGCAUAUAAUUGCAGCAGUAGGCAUAAGAAGGAAAGUGGAAUAUCAUUUUACACUUUCCCUCGAGAUCCAGUGAUGAGGAAAAAAUGGAUUAUAGCGAUGAAAAGGAAAAAUUUCGAACCUACGUAUAGCAGCCGAGUUUGCAGUAAACACUUUACCCCUGACCAGUAUCAAAUACGUCCCAAUUGCAAUUUUGAACUACUUAAACCUGAUUCAGUACCUUCUGUAUUCGAGUUUUCGUCUGAGCUUACACACCCGUCAUGCCGAAAAAAAGAAUUGAUUAACGGAGCACAGCCUCAUGAAUCAGGACUCAGAAACCAUGAGGUCCCCUUGGCAAAAGUUGCUGGCACAGCGCCAACGACUCCAACACAGUUGCACGUAUUGUGUAUCAGCGCCAAAUUUAGCGUCAGCAAUUUAGUGCGCUGGGAUCCUAAAUUUUAUUCAGGGUCACAUGCCGAUGGCAUUAGACAUUUAAUUGGUCAAAGAGUUAUGUAG